ACCGGACCAGGUGAAUAUUAUUUUAAUGUUGACUUAAUUUAUGAAUUUAUUAUGAAGUUAAUUUAGCGUUUGCAUUGCUGGUUUGUAGUUUGUGUGGACGCCAUAUGCACAUUGCAUACUUCCUGACUACUGCAGUGAUGUGAAUGGAUGUUCCUUGUGCGACACUUACUUGGUGUGUUGGUCCUAUGUCGAGGCACAUGAGGCUGGACGAGUGCGUCGACAGUUUAAUCGGUACCAGGAUAUUCCUCAAUAUGUAGAUAGGAUGCUAAAAAAUGCCGAUCAUUUGGGCAAAAAUGAUCGGCGUGGUAAGAAGGGUAACAAUUGGGAAAACACGCAUCAGUUCUACAUUGGGGAAUGGGACCUGAGGUAUGAAAGGUUACAGACAACCGAAGACGUCGUAACGAUGUCCAUUAACAUUCCUAUGAGUCCGGAGUGCAUGGCGUGGUAUAACAAGAUAACAGUGACGUACCUGACUCAGCCUGGGCUACGGUUAACUGCUGGGAUGAACGAGUCGACUUCUUCGAUGAGAUUACUUGUUGGGGGUUUUCAGCAGGUUUUUCAUUUAACUACUGAAGAAGAAAUGGACCUAAGAAUGCGACAAAUUCGAGAAAUUGCUAGACAUGUCCUUUAGUCUACGAACCACGCCGAUGUCAUGGAGUACCCGGCUUCCCAACACCAAGAUGUGGUCAUGCCUUAUCAACCACAAGUACUUCCACCACGUUGUGGAGUACCUGCUGUUCGGACUGGUGGACACGGUUUCACAAAGCAGUUUAGGAUGUUGCAGCCGCAUCCCGAUUAUGUAGUACCAGAGCCGAUGAAUCCAGAGCGUGACCUACCUCAGUGGUCUUCAUAUCCGGCGCAUGAGUCUCAAUCACAGUGGGACCGUCCCCUGUAUUCUCCAAGCCAACUUGAGCCUGAUUGGAAUCGUCGCCCCUAUUCACAAAGCCAAGAUGUGCCGCAAUGGAGUGGAGCCCGAGCAUCAGUCGAUUCAUUCUUCCAAAAUUAUCAGUUUGUGCCUCCUGUACAAGUUGAAGAAGGAGAUGAUGAUGAAGGAGAAGAAGAAAAUGAUGAAAGAGAAGAGGAAAAUGAGGAAGAAGAGGUUGUUCAGAACAUCCAUGUCCAACCUCGACCAGUUGCGGAGGGUUCAUCACGCGGCGGGGUUGUGAAGAUCAUGAGCAAAGUGUACAAGAGAUUGUCAACUAGGAAGAAUAAGGGGAUUGAACCGUCGAAAUACACUCCAUCGUCGUAUAAGUGA